AAAUAUUAAUGGAAGAGUAUUCAGUCGUUCGGUAACCGCGCAGCAAAACGCACCUGCGCCAAUGUAUAACUUGAUAUUAACAUCAGUAUCUUGUUAGAAAGUGCGUUAACUAUUGAUACAAUACGAAGAAAAAUCAAUUUUUUUAUAAGUAAAAAUGACUGUUACGAUUUCAGCAAAACACGAUGUCUCAAUGUCAGAUGACAAUGACAAUGAAACGUGCUGUAGUGAUAAAAAGGACUGUGAUGAACAAACAAACAAUUUAUUAAAGGAAUUUAUUAGAAAACCAUGCCCCGAAGACAACACAAAAGAAAAAAAGGAAAAUGAUAGAAACCAUAAACUUUGCCAUGAACGAGCUAAAAAGCUCUUCACUUUCAAAGAAGCCCCCGAUUACAUAAAACACAACACUUUUAUUCUAUCAGGGUAUAGGGGGAUUUUAGACACGCAUUUAUGUUUAGAAAGUAUUUUUUGGUGGACAAACGAGACAAUCAAUAUAUGGUCCCAUAUUUUCGGAUUUGUUCUCUUCCUAGCCGUUACAAUUCGAGACGUCUGGUCACUAGACGUCUAUGCAUUCAUUGGUGAUAAGCUUAUUGUAGGUUUCGUUUUAAUUUGUUUUCAGGUGUGCAUGUUUUUAUCAGCGUUGUAUCAUACGUUUUCAUGCAGAUCUGAGCGUGACUGUGAUUUUUUCCUCUCGUUCGAUUUAUUCGGCAUUGCCCUUUCCCUUCUCGCCAUCUACACAUCUGGAAUAUAUUACGCCUUUUGGUGUAAUCCCGGACUUUUGAAUUUUUACAUUUUUACAGUCACGAUUAUUUUCGCGAUUGCGAUGUUGUUGCAUGUUCCGAGAUUCAACGUUGGACCCAACGUUCGAAUGAUGGUCUUUGUCGGAUGGGCGGCGUAUGGGGUCGUCCCGACGCUGCAUUGGGCCAUGCACAUGGGGUGGUUUGAACACCCUUUAGUCUGUCUCCUUCUUCCCAGAGUUGUUGGGAUGUAUCUGAUAAGUGGGACAGCUUUCGCUGUUUAUAUCACUAAAGUACCUGAAAGAUUUUGCUCAGGAAAAUUCGAUUAUUUAGGACAUUCGCACCAGUGGUGGCAUCUAUUUGUGGUGGCUGCACUGUACUACUGGCACUGUACCGGAAUGAUUUAUUUGGAAUACAGAUUUAAUCAUGCUUGUGCCAGUCAUAUGACUUUGAUGUGACAUUAAAUUAAAUCAUUGUUAUUACACUUUUUAUGGAUGUAGUCUUAGAAUUGUUGAUAUUAGACUGGUUAUUUAUUACAA